UACCGAGAUUCACUCAUCCGGAAUGUAGGUUAAUUUAGGCGAUAUCGUUUGUGCAAACAGAAAGUAGACAUUCAAAAUGGCGUCCACUACGUUAAUGGGUACCUGUCUCGGUGUGCUGUUUGUCGUCUUCACCUUGAUUACAGAGCUAGAAGCCAAAUAUUGUCGACGGGGAACCUUGUUUAAUUUUAGCUACACGUAUACAAACUGCCCAUAUGGAUGCUGUGGUUCAUUUGACCAACAAGUUUGCUGUCGGUUUCCGCUUGCUAUGGUGAUCGGGUCUGUGGCUGGUGGGAUUGCCUUGCUUGUCAUACUGAUCACCAUAUGCUGCUGCUGCUGCUGCUGUCAGAAGGGUCAAAGAACUACUGGCCAGGUCAUCCAGACCACGCCCAACCCUGUGGUCAUUCAGACAGGAAUGUCCUCCAAUUACAUGGCACCUAUGUACCCGCCAGGACAGGAAAUGAUGCCGCCACAAGCUUACGCACAGCCGCCACCAGCAUACAAUGACGUCAUAGGAGUUAAGGCGUCGGCACCUGCUUAUGAAAAUCAUGGCUACACAUAAACUGAUGUAGGAACAGACUUACGCUGUCAAAUGCCAACCAUGUACAUCUGUAACAACUAAUUGUAAAUGAUAUACAAGGGUGUUAAGAUUUCCUCUGAAUUUCAUAGAUUAAAGAUGUCCAAAAGAGCAUAAUAUAUAUAUGCAUAAAGACAUUACAAAAUAAGCAUAUCAUGUACCUUUAAAUUUGCAAGUGCCAUAUUUCACUGCUUGUUAUUUGUGAUAGAUGGCUACAAAUUAUUUGAUAGCAUUUAUAAUAUUUGCAUUAUUAACUCGAGAAUAUAUGAAGAGUUCAGGCGCAAAAUGCGAUAUAAACCAUUUUCUUUCUUGUUUUUAGUUAAAGCCAUUAUUGUAUGUCAGUAAGGGUUAAUCGUAGGCCCGC